UCGCUUAGCAACAGGACGCCGCGCCGACCCGCGGGGCCCCGGCUGCGGAGAGGCUGUUUCCUGCCUUCUGUUUCUUCCCCGACUCAGCAGCUCGAGUGGACGGAGGCGAAAUGUCGGACGGGAACCCCCAAGAGUGCGCCGAGCCCGUGGAGGCCAAGGCCCAGGCACCCCCGGAGAAAACCAGCGACUACUACUGUGUACACGAGGACCUGCCGCUCAGGUUCAACAACCCCGCGUGGUUUCGGGGCUACAGGAGCAAGGAGCCCGCCUCAGUGUACAGGACCAGUAACCAAACUUACGGGAGCCGGGCCCCCACGGUGCAUGAGAUGCCGAAAGUAUUUUAUCCAAAUUCGAAUAAAUUUUCCAGACAACUUGCAGCAGGUGGAAUGUUCCAGAACAAUACUUUCAACGUCUUCAUGGAGAAGAGCAUCGUGACGGGUCCCGACAACUACAUCACCUCCUACGACCGGCUCAACUUCCACCCCAGUUACAACGUCAACAAGCCGUCCAUCUGCCACUGAGGGUGGCUGGAGAACCACUCCCGGGUCCCGACUCCAGCAGUGGCCACCUGGAGAAGUGUCAUCCCGGAUCUUUGAUAAUCUGCCCAACUGUAAAGAUGCGGCCUUCAGCCUUCAGUGCUUUCCCUGAUAGUAUUUUUCCUCUCUAGAUCAGAAAAGUAUGCAAACGGGGCUGUAAUGUCCUGCUUUCUCUAUUUUACAUCUAGAUGGAAAAGAUGCUCACGGCUUGAGUUUCCAUUAAAAGUGCUGCCACACCCUGAA